GCACAGAAUUGCGCACACAGUCCAACGCAACUCAACGCAUACACAUUUAUCCGCCCGUUUGGAUUUGGAAGCACAGUAAGAAGGCGAGCGGCGCGCGAACGAACCUCAUAUAUUGUAUUUUCCGCAUUCGCAUUGAUACGAUACCAUACUGUGUGCUGUGUACUGUAUAGCAUAUAUACCAUACCACACCAACAAAACACAAGCGAUACGAUACGAUACAAUAAAGUCAGCGUAUGCAGCGCUGUUUGUUUAUUUUUUACAAGCUAAAAACAAACGACAAAACAAAUCCGCAAAGCCGCCCGCGUUUCGCGUUUUGCCAACCAAAAAACAAAUAAAAUCAAACAAAAAAGGCCUAGACGCAAACAAAAAAAAAGAAGUACAAAAAACAACGUGCAUUGUGAAUUUUUCAAAUUUUCGAAUUUCAUUUCGAAGUUUUGGCUUGUGCCGUGUUCCUUUUUUUCCUGCUAACGUGCAUCGUACAUACACUCGCAUUCGUAUGCGUACAUACAUAUGUACGUGCAAUAAUCAAUACAAUACGACGUACAACAAACUGCGUAGAACAGUAUUAAGAAAAAGAAAACUGGCUUAAGACUCGACUCCAAUUUGCGUUGGUGUGCGUAUUAAUACAUACGUACUUGUGCUAAAAGUAAAUAUAUUUGCUUUAACCAUUUAGGACUAAAAGUGAAAGAUAUAGUACGGGAAUCCCAGUAUAAAGCCAAUCUACAAUUGAAGCAUUCGGACUAGAUCCGAAAUCUCACAGUUAUGGAACACUUUCAUCAAAUACAGCAAACAAUUCAACACUAUCAGCAGCAAUUGGCUGCUCAGCAACAACAACAAGUACAACAGCAACAGUUGCAACAACACCAGGUGGUGGUGCAGCAGAAUCAACAGCAGGCGCACCAGAACAGCUCCAAUACCACAGCCGGCGUGGGCACCCAACAGCUGUUCACAUACAAAAUGGCCAGCAGUUUUCCGAAUCCGGCAACGACGAUGGCCCAGGUGGUGGCCACAUCGAACGCAGCCGGCACCACGGGCUAUGAUUAUCGUCUAAAUAUGGCACAGGCAGCCGCAGCAGCAGCCGUACCCGGCUCCCAGUGGUGGUAUUCGGCCGCUAAUCAGGGCCAGGUCGAUGCCAAUACAGCGGCGCAACUGCAGCACCAGCAGCAGCAACAGCAGCAGCAACAACAACAGCAGCAGCAACAGCACCAGCAGCAACAACAGAUGCAACAGCAGCAGCAGCAACAGAAUGUCAUCAAUUCGGCGAGCCCCAUGAUCAGAGGCAAGGCCGAUGCCAAGCCCAGAGGCCGAAUGACCGCCUACGCAUACUUUGUACAAACUUGCAGAGAGGAGCACAAAAAGAAGCAUCCCGAUGAGACGGUGAUAUUCGCCGAAUUCUCACGGAAGUGUGCCGAGAGGUGGAAGACAAUGGUGGACAAGGAAAAGAAGCGCUUCCACGAAAUGGCCGAGAAGGACAAGCAGCGAUACGAGGCGGAAAUGCAGAACUAUGUGCCGCCCAAGGGAGCGGUUGUGGGACGCGGCAAGAAGAGGAAACAAAUCAAGGACCCCAAUGCUCCAAAACGUUCAUUGUCUGCGUUCUUCUGGUUCUGCAAUGACGAGAGAAAUAAGGUGAAGGCACUUAAUCCCGAGUUCGGAGUGGGCGACAUUGCCAAAGAGCUGGGACGAAAGUGGUCCGAUGUGGAUCCCGAGGUCAAGCAGAAGUACGAGUCGAUGGCCGAGCGGGACAAGGCUCGAUAUGAACGCGAGAUGACCGAGUACAAGACGAGCGGGAAAAUAGCCAUGUCCGCACCGUCGAUGCAGGCGUCGAUGCAGGCGCAGGCACAGAAAGCCGCGUUACUUGCCGCCGCUGCCCAGCAGCAACACCAGCAGCUAGAAGAGCAGCACGACGACGACGACGGCGAUGGAGAUGAUGACGAGAACCAAUAGGUUUAGCAGUAAAUACUCUUCACUAUUUAUACACACGAUCGUUGUCGCGAUGGAGGAACAAACAUGAUAACGUUGGUUGAUCUAUUAUCAGGUUGGCCAAUGUGUGUUGAAUAUAUAUUUAUAUAUAUAAGGGUGUGCCCUUUUAGAGGUUUCGCUUUCCGGCAACAGAACACUGUCACAAUUUGUUCAGGAUCAUCUGGCAAAGCUAUUAUCAAUCGUGUUUUGAUUAAAGACAGGCUAACAGUCAUGGUGGAAAGGUUCUUUUUUUGUUUUGUUUUUUUUUUUUUAAGCAGCAAGGAUGUGCAUAGAGCUCUUGUGAAUCUCUCCUUUUUUUUUCAUUUGUAGCACCCCCGAAUGAGCGGUGUAAGUCUCUUUCAGAAAUAUUUGUGAACCAAUGUCCAACUAAAAAUCCAACUAUCACAGAAAUCUCUUGAACGUUCAGAAGAGCUUUUCAUAGUUAACCGAAGAGAAACCAUUGUUCCUAGUGUAUUUCGAAGCAAUACGAAAUCUCGUGAGAUUCUGUGAAACUUAAGGAUUUUUCCAGCGAUUUCCAUACCAGCCGUGGGCAAAAUGUCUGCAGAAGAUUUCUGUGAUUGGAAAACCAAAGCACAAAUUGUUUUGUUUCAUUUUUGUUGUGACAAUUUGAUGGUUAUCGGGAAGUGGAAUCUCUAAAAAAAAAAACACCUAUUAUGUAUAUGUAAAUGCAUAUAUAUAAAUAAUAUAUAUUUUUUUUUUUUAACAUAAGUAAUCAAAUUUCCAUGAAUUAUGAAGAUAAAUCACAAAGAAACCUUUUAUAAGUUCUAUGUUAAGAUGAAUACGAUUAAGUAUGGUUAGAUUAAAAUGACACUCAUCUGUCUGCAAACCUUAUUUGUGCUUCAGUGCUAAGUUUCUCCUAAAUUAAUAAGAAGAAUUAUUUUAUAAAUUGAAGAAAUUCAUCAUGAUGUCAUUCGUUCUCAGCAACUAUGAAGGUUACCACUACAUUUAUAAAUAUUGGUACAUAUUUCCCAUUUAUUAAAGUUAGAUUCACCAUAAUGAAACUACAAUUAAUGCGUUCGAGUUUAUAUGUUCCCACACGAAACAAACUCAAUGAAACGUGAUAAUGUGAAAUACUUAACUCAGUGGCGGGUGAUAUCUCGAUCUAUUUAUUUUUGCCGCUCUCACACAUAUAUCCUUUAAAUUUCAUUUCAUUAAACACAUAUUUACUUAGUUUAUUUACCAGUUUAGUUUGCGAUUCGUGAAUCAAGAGCCUUGGAGAUAAUUGGGUUUGUCCUCAUUUGUAAAUAUACACAUCAACUAUAAUAGCCACGAUCGUAAGAUACGGAAGGUUGGGUUGUUCGGCGCUUCGAGAGGAGGAACAACCAAAAUGAUAUCGGACAUUGCAACAAUUGUUGUUGACUUGGCCAUGUACAUACUAUUUGAAGUAUUAUUUAAAUGAGACUACGUAGAAAUUAACGAGAAUCGAGAGCAAAUUACAACAUACAACCCUAAUAAUAAAGUAGAUUUCAGCGGGACUGCAAAGUAAUGUAAAUUGCGUAGAAAUUUGAAGUUUUUGCGUCGGCCUUAAAACGCCCAAAUGUUGUUCCAGGCACAGAAGCAAAUCAGAGACAGAAACAGAAACAGAAACAGAAGAAGAUGUAAAGGGAGACGUUCCUCCGACCUUUGAUAGAUGGGGUAGGGUAUGCAUGGAUAGGAAUCACCCAUGGCCACAACGGUUGGAAGGAUGUUUUCCUUUAGAUCGCCUGUAUAAGCCGCGUAGUGGUUAGAUUAUAACGUGAUAAGAGAGGAGCUGAAAUUAUAACCAUGGAUCCGUCGAUGGUCAGUUAAACCAGGACGCCUCUAGCUGUACGCCUAACUUCGCUCUCGCCACGUUAUGAGUGCGAGAUAUGCGUGUAUAUGCAUGUAAUUAUAUAUAUAAAUAUACAUAUAUAUUUUUUAGCAUGAUUUUGAUAGAGAAUAACUCGCCACCGAGAUUAUAUUCAUAGAAGUGUGUCUAGGUUAAACCUUUAAUUCCUAAUUUUCUAAAAUUUGACGGUAAUCCAUACCCUACAUAAUUAAUUACUAUGAAAAUUCCAGUUCCCUGUGCGCUUUGUUAUAAGAACUAAACUAUUAUAAAAUAAACUUUUAGAAACGAGA